AUAAGAACAAUUGCAAAAAGAAAGAAAAAAAGUAAUUGGUGGUGUACUUAAACUCAGUCAAUGGCGCAGAUAAGUGAGAAAGGAAGGUUCUUUAAUUUGGUUGUGAAACAACAAAAUAGCUGCUUUCCAUUUAGUUUAAGGCUAAAAAGAAAGUGGAUAUACAAUUGAAGCUUAUCCAUCUGAAUCUUGGUAAAACUUUCAGGUAUAUAUGGCAGUGAGAUUAUAUAUAUAAAGGUUUUCUUGAAGUUUUGAAUCACAGAACAAAUAACCAUUUCUUUUUACUGCUUGUACUUAAGUUUUUUUUUUUUUUCAAAACUCUUUUUCAUGAAAAUUGGAGGGGAGAAAUGCCAUGUGGUAAGCUCAGAGAUCUGCACAUGGCUUUCUCAAAUUUCUAAGUUUUUGAAACAGUAGUAGGAAAGUGAGGAGUUCAAGAGAAUCAGUUACAGAGGAAGACCACUAGAUUGGUGUUUUAAAAAAAAAACAAAUAAAUAACACUUCUCUAGGUAUAGUUGGGAAAUGUGAGUCAAUGAAGAGGGAAACAGCCCAGCAAUUCAAUUCCUUGUUUGAAAAAUUCUCAUUAUUUAAACCUGCAUAGUCUAUUCUUCUCUUCCAUUUUUAAUCUUCUUCUUUUGGCAUUUUCCACUUCAUUUACUGCCUCUUUUUACUAAGUUUUUUUUUGCAUUUCACAGCUGAAAAAAAUAUGCUGUAUUUGCUUUCUUGAUCUAAGUUGCACUGUCUGGCUAUUGAAGAAUGUAUUGAAUAUCAUCUUGUUAAUGUCUAAGUUUCUUGUAUCCAUUACUGCAUUCAUAAAAAUCACAGCUUUUUCAAGAAAAGAGAAGAAAGUUCCAAUCUUUUCCUUUGCCUUUUUCCAAUAAACUUUUAAAAGUGUCACCUUAUUGGAUAUUAUAAUUUUCCUACUUUUCCUUUUGUUUCCCUUAUUUCUUUUGCAAAAUCUUGAGAACUUACCAAAAUGUCUUCUUCUAUGUCUCUACUCAGAAACUCAAUACCACUGAUUUCUAUUCUGGUUCCACCAUACUUGUUAUUUGCCAGUUUUUCAGGAUAUGGGGUUAUUUCUAUUUCUAUCACAACUUCAGUUUUAAUUGUAUCUACUUUAGCUUUCACAUUCUCAAAACAAAGAAAUAGUAUCCAAAAGAAAUCAGUCCAAGAAGUAGAAAAACAAGAACAAGAAGCAGUUCCCAACAGUCAGCUAAUGGAACAAACACCUCAAGUUAAGCAAAUGGUAUCAGACCAACAACCUCAAAAUGCAAACUUUGGACAAGUUGAGGAAAUUUUAGCAGUCAAGAAACCUGGAAAUGAAAAUGGGGUGGCUCAAAUUCUUGAUUUAUAUUCAGAAAGUUCAAGUCUUGGUAGGCAUUCAUCUUCAAGUGAAGAUUCUGAUAUUGAUUGGCCAUUCUCAGAUAUAAGUGAUGUGUAUGAAGAAGACAAUUUGAUUGAGAUUGAUAUAUCCAUUGGAUCCAUCAAAUGUUCUGGAUUUGAAAUUUCAGCAUAAGUUAGAAGGGGAGCUUUGGAGCAACGUAAAGCCGUCUCCAUGUAACCUUUAGGUUACAUGUUCAAGUUGUGGAAGUAGCUACACAUGCUUGCAUUACUAUUGGUUGUCUACGUCACACCUCUCGGAAUGCGAUUUUUCCCCGGACUUUACGCGAACACGAAAUACUUUGUGUACCUUACAGCGGAUUUAACUUAUUAAAUUAUCUUAUGCCUAGUUUGUUUAAGUUUUUUGAUCCUUAUGGAUUUUGUGCUUACUUUAAGAAUUAAGGCAAUAGGGUUUACAAGAAUAGGAGCCAAAAUUUACUUUUUCUUUUGUUGUGAAAAGUGAAGUUUGUGUUUGCUAUUACAUUAACUUUGACCCCACUAAAAGAGACUUUGGAUACCAAUUAGA